UAAGUGUAUGUUGUGUAGUAAGCUGUUCGUAGCCCAUGUGCCUUACCCAAAUAAUUUGGUCCCCUUUCCCCUCAUAAUUUGGCCUACUGUUCUGACUUGGUGGUGCAAAUGCAGGCUAUAGCCUGUUUCAGAGAAAUGUCAUCAUUGAAUAUUGUAGGAGCUUUCAUUGUCUGCUUACAGUGGUCUCCAAAAUUACUGGCACCCUUGACUGCCAAUGCACAAGCAAUACUUUAAAAAAUAUAAACAAUAUAAUAAUAGAGAGAAACUCAAAAUACCAACAUGUGACAAAUACUGUACUUUAUUAAUGUUUCAAUGGAACCCACCAAAAUAAUUGAUUGAUUUAAUUAAAAAUCAAUGUCCUCCAAAUCAAGGUUUCACAAUUAAUGGCACCCUUAAAGAUUAUUGUAAAUAACAUCUACCAAAAUUAAACCACAAUAUUCCCCCUUUAUUUAUCGUACGGUUCUGACUUGGUGUACAGGGAGAAAACUGUAAGAACGGUUCUGAAUUCUGUCGCUGUACAUUUCAAAAGUGCUGAACAAAUAGGUAUAUUGACUAUGUCCAUCCUAGCUCGAUCAUUAAUGUCUUAACCGAAAUUAUGUAUUGUCGUCCCCUUAUGCCAUCAUUUGUACAUCUCAGUAGAAACCACGUUUGUUUAAGUAAGUAAACCAUAUCAGCUAUGUUUUUUAAAAAGGCAGCAAAUGAGGCUGAAUAAAAUGUUUUUCUGCCAGACAAGGCUCCGCUGAUAGCCAGGUGUAAUAGUGGUAAGGUGUUGGAACUGCUGUUGGGACUUUGUUGUUGGGACAGCUAUAUGUUGGCCCUAACAGUUAGUGGGCACCGUUUGUCACCCUUAUAGUCCAAUUAAUGUAUUGUUUAGGGUUGUGUUAUGUAGUGGAUAUGCUGGGAUGUGUCUAAAAGCAUUUUUUUGAGUUUGCCACACCAAGAUUUACAUGCUAAAAUCGCCACUGGUCAGGUGAUCCUCUACCAUCACCAAUAUGUCACACCUGUGUGGUCUUUAUCCUGUACUCAUAAACAUUUCCAUGUUUUUGCUUUUAGGGAUGAACACGAGGGCUUGGUUGACGUUCGGGCCGGCAAGUGGAACUAAGGUGUUAUUCCUGUUGAUAUGCCGGUGUUGCCACAAAUCACCUCUGAGAAACUGUAUAAAAGGACCAAUGUCUUGUAGCAAUUCACAAAAAGCCUGCAUCUCUCACUGAAGAAUAUCCAUUCACAAGUUUUGUCACCAUGAAGGUAGCUUUGUUUUCACUGGUGGUUCUCUGCGUGGCUGGGAUGCUGCGUGCUGAAGUCCUGUCCCAGUCUGACGAGAACAGUCUCACAGAAAAUGGACAGGGUUUGGGGAGAAGAUAUGCAGAGUCAACCAUUGCCAGUGACAUGAGCAAAAUCAUGGACUCCAUGGUGCAGAAGAAUUUUGUCAACUUCCUGCUCAACCAGAGAGAGAAAAAGAGCAUGUCUAAUGUCACUCCAGAGGAAGAUCCAGAGGCUCGCCUGUACAACAAUCUCCUGAAAAAGCUUGCACUGUGCAUUCGCAGCAAGGGACAGAUCCAUUGAUGUUUUGAAGAAUAUCAACAAAUGAUCAACAUUGGUGGGAGAGUAAUGCAAAGAGAAGUCAACAAAAACAUUAUGACAAUUUGGAGGAAAAUGUAUGCUAUCUAUUUUUGUGUACACAAUAUAUAUUGUAAAGUUAGAAAUAUGAAUCCAGCAUGUCUGAACUUUUUCAUAAAUAAUUUCUAAGGGGAAAUAAAAUAGCUUGAAUUAAAA